AUGGUCUCAGAGGCUGAAGGUCCUGGACCACAGUCUCAGGGGCUGAAGGUCCUGGACCAUGAUCGAUUCAAAACCACUGACGACGAGUUUGACAUUGGUUUGUUCUCGUCUCUGUGUUUUAAAUGGACCCAGAGUCUGUCACCGUGCGCCUCAUGCAUUUGCUCGUUUAGUUUUUACAGUGUGUUGUUGGAGGUCGUGCUUCAGGCCGUGCUCCUGCAGAAGUUUGUGACCGAGACCAGGAAACAGAAACAGAACCAAAACAUUGGGCCCGCGGCCCCUGUGCUCAGGCCCGGUGCUCAGGCCUGGGUCCCUGUGCUCAGGCCCGCGGUCCCUGUGCUCAGGCCCGGUGCUCAGGCCCGCGGUCCCUGUGCUCAGGCCUGGGUCCCUGUGCUCAGGCCCGCGGUCCCUGUGCUCAGGCCCGGUGCUCAGGCCCGCGGUCCCUGUGCUCAGGCCUGGGUCCCUGUGCUCAGGCCCGCGGUCCCUGUGCUCAAGCCUGGGUCCCUGUGCUCAGGCCCGCGGUCCCUGUGCUCAGGCCUGGGUCCCUGUGCUCAGGCCUGGGUCCCUGUGCUCAGGCCUGGGUCCCUCUGA